CACCAAACGAAACGCAGUUUAUUACAGAAAGGAACAAGAAAGGAACAAGAGAGAACAAGCAGCUUUAUUCAUUAUUAUUAGUGUAACUUAAUUUUUAACUAAACCUAAUUAGUUUAGUAAAUUAAAGUCGGUCAGAGUCGGUCAGAAUAUUUGCUCAUUCUUUUACUACUUUCGACGAGGGUCCGACGACGACAGUAAAAAAAUCGUAGUUUCUUUGUCUGUCGUCGUAACGGAUACAUAAACUAAACCAUAAUAAAGUUCAAAUUGGUCAGAGGAAUGAACGAAUGUUAAAUUUUGUUGAGGCUACGUCGACGACCAUAGUUUUUGUAUGUGAAGGAUGACCGAGGUUCGAAACGGAGUGUGAUUUGACGCCACUGCCACGACACGACACAAGAAUUGAUAAGCGAUGGGCUCCACCUCGUAUGAUAAGAAAAUCAUCAAUUUAAGAUUCAAUCAGGAUAAGAGUUGUUUUAUGUGCUGCAUGGAGAAUGGGUUAAGGAUUUAUCAUGUCGAACCUUUAGUAGAAAAAGUGCAUUAUGAUGAACAGAGCAUUGGGGGUGUUGGGUUUAGUGAGAUGGUCUAUAGAACAAACCUCUUUGCCAUCGUGAGUGGAGGUAGCCGUCCUAAAUACGCGGACAACUCGGCCCUCAUUUACGACGACUCAAAGAAAAAGACUGUGCUCGAGUUCACUUUUACACAGCCUGUCUUAUCUGUGCGAUGUCGAAGAGAUCGGCUCGUGGCCGUGUUGAAGAAUCGCAUUCAUAUCUUCUCAUUCCCCACGAAUCCGCAAAAGUUAUUUACAAUCGAGACGAGAAAUAAUCCGUUGGGUCUUUGUGAACUUUCCCCAGGAAGGCUCAAUCUACUAGUGUUUCCUGGGUCUAAGAUGGGAUCGCUGCAAUUAAUGAAUUUGGAUACAACCGAAGCUACCGUAUCCAGCAGUCCUGCAACAAUUAACGCACAUCAAGGAGAACUCGGCUGUAUCGCAAUUAAUCAAACGGGCUCGCUGGUAGCUACCGCAUCUGAUAAAGGAACGCUCAUCAGGGUUUUUGAUACUACCAAGAAAACUCUAUUAAAUGAACUUCGCCGUGGGUCGGACCCUGCCACGGUUUACUGCAUAAAUUUUAGUCUAGAUUCGGACUUUUUGUGUUGUUCCAGUGAUAAAGGAACUAUUCAUAUAUUUGCCCUGAAAGAUUCGCAUCUAAAUCGACGUUCAACAUUUUCUAAAAUUGGGUUCCUGGGAACGUAUGUAGAGUCGCAAUGGGCAUUAGCUAAUUUUACUGUGCCACCAGAAUGUGCCUGUAUUUGUGCAUUUACAUCCAACAGUUCCGUCAUAGCGGUAUGCAUGGAUGGUACGUUUCAUAAAUAUGUUUUCAACAUGGAUGGUCAAUGCAGUCGACUAUCUUACGAUGUCUUUCUCGAAGUGUGUGGCGAUGAUGAAUUUUAACUAACUCAACGGAUGACGACUUCUUGUACUUCUGAUGAGAUCCUUGUCGACUACUCAUAUACACAAAUCCUUAUUAUAUAGUUGUGUGACGUUUGAAAUUAUGUGCUUACCAAUCGCUGUUACUGAUUACGGUCAGUUAAAGACUUGUUUUAUCGCUAGCAUUUACAACUAAUACUUUUAUUAUAUUGCGUGGUUAUCAUUCAAUCUUAUUUGUAGUUCUAAUUGACCUUACGUUAUGUUAAAGACUUUGACUGCUUUCGAAAAAUUUGACUAGUUAUUGUUGGUUCUAUUUAUUAAGUUUUGUAAACUAUUUUAGUUCAUUAAUUAUAUGGCCAAAUGUUACGGAACAUGCGAUCGAAAUUUAUAUUAUUUGGGAUGUAUUUUGGACGAAAACGGAACUAGUUUUAUUUUUAAAUAUGAAUAUGGAAUUAUAAUUAGAUAUAUAAUGUUGGUAAACCUGCAUCGCCGCAAGCAGUCGACAUUAAUAGUCAUUAUCUGUGCAAAUUUCAAAGUACAUUCUAGUAUAAACUAAAUAAUGAAAAGUUUGUCGUGAUGAUAUGAUAUAUACGAUGUUAGUAAUAAUCUUGGUUCAAGAUACACAUUAUUAUUUUACAAAUAUCGCAACUCUAGUAUAAAUUAAUUACAAAUUUUCGUAGUGACGGAUAAGGAUUGUUUAGAUUAUCUUCUGCAAUAUUACGCAUUUAUCGGAAGUUUGUACUUUUGAUAUCAGUUUGUUCGAAUAAAUAAUUUCAUUGAUAAACAAAA